AUGGCCAACAGCCCAAGUGGGGCGUAUGAGAAAGUGGCCAGCCCACUUUCCAAUUGGGACAAAUGCAUGGCGCCAACUUUUCCCUCCCAUUGCCCACUUGACAUGUCAUGGCAGGUGCAUUGUUGGGUUGCUUUACCUUGCGUGAAUCUUUGGCUUGCCUUGUGUUGGUGCUUGAGUAAUGAUGCGCAUUGUGAUGGUGUAUUGCCUUGCGUGAUUGUUGGACCCUUGUUGCCGUUUGAAUACUUGUUGAGUUUACUUGUUGCUUGCGUGAGCUUGUGGUGCUCUUGGUUGGCAUUUCACCUUGUGGACAUGAGGUUCCUUUGUGGUAGCCGUGGGGUUCACUUGGUGUUUGAAGGUAUUAUUGCCGAGAGUAUCAUUGUUGAGCUUUGGCUUCAUCUUGCUAUGAGUCAUGCGGUUCCACCCCAAGAGGUCUACUGGCAAUCUGUGCUGCCUACCACUCCCAUGCCUAAAGCUCUCCGCGAUCUUUUGCCAUCUGGUGCAUCUCUUACCUCAGAUCUUCUCAUCCUCAUCUAUAUGAGUGAUACUAGUGAUGGAAUCAGGAAUAAACGACCCAUCGACAUGAGUUUCAAAGAUCAUGCUGUCACGGUACAAGUUGGCGGCAUAGUCAUAGAUGUGGGUCAUGGAGCAUCUGUGGAUCUCAAGCCACCAUUUAUCACAGAAACAAGUCCAUUCUCGUAUGAUUAUGGUGCCUCCAAGGAUGAACUAAGAAUCAAUCGAAAUGCAACUUUCAUCUUCUUAGACAAAGACCUGCAUCCUGGCACAAAAAUCAACCUCUAUUUCGCCAGAAGAGCAACUAAGACCAAGUUUUUACCUCGCCAAGUUGCCAACAUGAUAACAUUCUCCUCAAACAACUACUCCGAAAUCUUGCACAAAUUUUUUAUCAAGCGUUAUUCAACAAAAGCUGAAAUAAUGAAGAAAACAAUAGAAGAGCGUGAGAAGCCGGCAUUACAGGGUGAGUCCAAGUAUUGUGCGACAUCAUUGGAAGCAAUGGUAGAUUUUAGCACUACAAAGCUUCGAAAGAACAUUCAAGUUUUGGUAACACAGAUUGAUAAAGAUGGCACACAGCCGCCGGAAUUUCAGAUCAGCCAAGAAGUGAAGAAGAUAGGAGGCAAGAUAGUAGCAUGUCAUGUCCAAAACUAUGUGUACCCCAUAUUCUACUGCCAUGAAACGCAUACUGUCAUGGCUUACAUGGUUCCACUGGUUGGAAUUGAUGGAACCAAAGUCAAGGCUGUUGCUGUUUGCCACUCUGAUACAUCAAAAUGGAAUCCAAGGCACUUGGCUUUCCAAGUUCUUAAGGUUAAGCCUGGGGCUGUUCCAGUUUGUCACUUCCUACCAGCAGACCACAUCGCCUGGGCUGCUAAGUAGAUAAUGAAAUCUAAAAGCUACAUAUGAAAGGAGACAAAUGGUGAUCAUAUUUUACUUUUUUAAGUAUUUUGACUUCCCUGUGUGUGUUGCUUAUAUCAAGCGUGUCAAUGAAAAAUUCGAACCCACAUUUCCUUGUUACAUUUUUUUUCUAAUAUCCAUCCAUCAGUGUUUCAAUGGAAAUUAUGGUUUUCCUAGUUGGAGUAGAAUUCAUAACAUGA